AUGACUACGGGCUCUUCUUCAAGGGCUGUAGACAAUCCUGUCAAGGCAGCUGAGCUCGCCCGCCAACAAUAUCAACAGGCUCCAACGAGCCUGGCUGCCCAUAUCGCCUCCCAUUCAAGAAACACAGUGGAGAAAUCUACUUGCAACAACGUAUCCAGUGAGCCCCAGGAUACCUUUACACGGCCGUUGAGAGCUCACAGUUGCCCAACAAGGGCUAUGGAGCACUGUCCUUCCUACGGAGGAAGUCGAGCUUCCUUUGAGAGUGCCAAUAGGAGGCUAUCGACUUCUACUGAGCCUCGACCCGUGACAGGCUCGCCAAGUGGCAGCCAUCAUGGUAUCACGUCCCGAGAUGGAGAGAAUGUCCGUUACCUACGCCUAGUUGACCGCGCAGCAACUCCUAUCAAGAAGAAUGUCGAGGACUACCAGUGUAACAAAGUCCGAGGCCGACUUGACCGGAAAGAGUGGUCUGAUAGCAACCUCCUCGACCACGUUCGUGACGCUGAUUUUCCUCCAGAAUUGACUGUUCUUCUCGACGACAAGGUGAAACGUCGCCCCGAGACAUUCGAGAACCAAGAUGAGAGUUUCCAUGAUCUUGCGGCGUACGAGAAGGAGCAGUACAGUCAGUCCACGUUUGAGGUAUACGAGAUCGGAGAUGACUGUAGGCCUGUUAAGCUCAGCGCUGAUGGAGACGGUGGCGGAGAUGAGCCUCUACCAGAUGCUGGUUAUACUAGCGAUGGGCAAUUGGGGAAUUCGGCCGACUCUGUGGAUGCGCCUACAGUCUGGAAAACUAUCAGUCGUGUCAACUCCAACGAUUGUGCAGUAGGCAGAAUCACUAUAGUCCAAGAACCCACCCCCCUAAUUCUCGCAGCUCUACAUCUGACAAUGUCUCAACACUUCGACAUGUCUGAACUUCUCACACAUUUCCUCUCCGACGAGCCUAACCGCGGGCGUACUCAUGCCUUUAUGAACCGAGCUUAUGAACGGUCACCUUCCCUGCCAAACUCCAACUCUACAAUUACUCCCCAGUCUUUACCAGUCCAUUCCCCCAUCGGGAUGUUGACCUCCCAGCCCAACGUCCGCCAAAAGUCCUUCUUCUUCGUCUUCAAGUAUUACACUGUAGUCAGUCCCCCUCUCGAGCCGGCUUCCUGGCAGCGUUUUGAUAAGCGACCUUCGGAGAGUCGCUUUGGAGACCAUAUUGAUGUUGCAGAGUGUGGUUCUAUCUUGGCGCUAUCUCUUGGAGGGAAGCCGAGGGAAGCUCCUCUCAAGAUAGUAAGAAGAGAGCGCGCCCAGGAAGGCAUCCUAUUCGAGACCUUUGGGCCGUGGCAGUUGCUUGCUAUUCAAAGUUUCCCUGACAACUCUCACACGGUUCGAGGGAACGAGUUCAAAAACGAAAAGAAGUACAUCAAUGGCCCAGAUGCGUUUCUGGACUUGCUCAUUUCGGAAUACCGCGAUGCUACAAAACGGAAUCUGGUUCUCCAUGAACGAAUUACCAAGCUGAUCACUCCUCCUCCCGAGUUCAUGUUUGACCCCAAGCUCCGCGACAAGCUGCUCUUUGAAGACAGACACUUCACAUUUAUCCGCAGAUACUUUUGGUCAUACAACACCCUAGCUGUCAUCAACACAGGCAUCAAGUCAAUGAUUGGUGCGUAUUACGACACCUUCACGGAGAGUUUCUGGGCUGGAUCGCAUCCGAUCUUGUGGCCACAUGGGGAACCUGAAUCGCCCGACGGCGUGGUUUAUCGUCAGCAUAUGGCCACCGUACGUCGCGAAUUUGACAAGGUUAUCCAGGAACUCACCGAAGUGCUCAAGCGCAACGAGCGCACACGUAAGGAGAUCGAAAAUUUGAGAGAUCAGCUGUUCAGUGGAAGCUCGAUCAAGGAGAGCCGAAGAGCGAUUGAGCAGGGUGACAAUAUCAGGAUACUCACCAUGAUCAGCAUGAUAUUCCUGCCCCUGACUUUUGUAACGUCCGUCUUCGGCAUGACAGUCUUCACAAUUCCAGCAACAGACUGGCGAUUUGCUCUUGUAAUGGUCCUAGUUUGUGUUCCCUUCAUGCUUCUUAUUACUUUCCUCCAAACCCGCUCCUUCGGUGUCUUGUUACGCAAACUUGGCGCUACAGGUAACGCAAUCGCGCGCCUUUUCAAUCGAGUCCGACGUCGUCCACGAGACACUGCUGAAACUCCUGACAACCGCCCUACCACUGCUGCUACGUCGUGUCGUAGCAGUGUCACAAUGCUACUGAGGAACUUGACAUCCCUCCGAGGAGAAAGAGAAGGAGACUUGGAAGAGGGUAAAGCUGAAGGAAGCUGA